GCUCAUGAGGCUCCAAUAAUAGUAAUGGAUAUAGAUCCUACUUCUUCUUUAGUCGCUACAGGAUCUGCUGAUAGCACUGUUAAAGUUUGGGAUAUUGAAGGUGGUUUCUGCACACACAACUUUCGAGGACAUGGAGGUAUAAUUAGUGCACUCAAAUUUCAUUUAAAAAAUAAUCAAUGGACUUUGAUUUCUGGAGCAGAUGAUUGUAAUAUACGUGUUUGGGACUUACAGGAUCGAAAGUGUGUUGCUGUGUUAAAGAGUCACGUUAGUAUUAUUCGUGGACUAGAUAUGUCGAAUGAUGGACGGUUCCUUAUUAGUGGUUCUAGAGACAAGGUUGUAAAUAUAUGGGAUUUUGAUAAAAAGACAUUAUUAAAAACAUUUCCAAUCUUUGAGACAAUAGAAACAUUAGGGGUUUUGCAGCCCCACACAACAAUAAAUAAUAUGGAUGAAGAUUUUGAAGGAGAGUUAUUUUAUACUGGUGGUGAUAAGGGAGUUAUUAGAGUAUGGGAUAUUCAAACUGGUAAACUUAUCCAAACUCAGGAACCAGAAAAGAAUACUAAACACAUAAUAUCUGAUAUUAU